AUGUCCAGAGAUAUGAGCGUGAAUAAUUCGGAUUAUGAGAGUCAGCAUGUCCACGACGUUUACGAGAAGAUUGCGGCACACUUUUCAUCGACUAGAUUCAAGCCGUGGCCAGUGGUGGAUGAAUUUUUGAAAACGCUCCCACCAGGAUCUGUGGGGUUGGAUGUUGGAUGUGGGAACGGGAAAUACUUGGCCGUCAACAACAGCGUGUUCAUCGUAGCCUCGGAUAGGUCGCGAGCCCUGGUUCAAAUUGCUAGACAGCACGAGCCGCAUAGUGCCAUCCUCGCCGACACACUCAGCCUGCCACAUCCGACAUCGAGAUUUGACUUCGCCAUCUCGAUCGCUGUAAUUCACCAUCUUUCAUCUCCUGCACGGCGAAUCGAGGCCAUCAGAUCAAUCCUACGCACGUUGAGACCCUCGACCGACCGAUCGCGAGGGGGCCAGGCAUUGCUGUUUGUGUGGGCGUUGGAACAAAAAACCAGCCGUCGGGGCUGGGACCAAGGCGACGAUCAAGAUGUCCUGGUUCCUUGGGUGCUCAAGCCCGAUCCGGCGGGUGAUCCCACCCAGGCUCCGGUAACCUACCAGCGCUACUACCAUCUCUACCGUGAGGGCGAGAUUCAGAAGGACGCGAUCGCUGCCGGAGGCCACGUCGUCAAAUAUGGCUAUGACCGGGACAACUGGUGGGUGAUCGUCGAAAAGAGAGAGGUGAAAGUCUAG